UCCGUGAAUCUUCCCUCUGCAGCAUGGUGUGCCAAUUACUCAAUUUUUUAAUUCUUUCUCUUCUUCUCCGGCGCCACCACCUCCGCCACCCGCCGUGAAACAUAAAUUUAUUUUUGGUCAUUUUUCAAAAUUAAACAAUGCUUGUCUCUGUUUUUCUCGCUCUGUUUCUUCCCUGUGUUGGAAUGAGCGCUGUUUUCUUAGUCUACAUCUGUUUACUCUGGUACGCCGCUGCUUACCAAUCUGCCGGCCCCGGCGCUGAAAAUUACCAUAGUCAGAAAACGAAUCAGGAAUUGGGUCUUUCUGCUGCUCAAUUGGACAAACUACCGAAAAUUACAGGGAAUGAAUUGUUAAUGGGUAACGAUUGUGCGGUGUGUUUGGAUGAAAUUGAGAAUGAGCAAAUUGCUCGAGUUGUUCCGGGUUGUAACCAUGGAUUUCACCUUGAAUGUGCUGAUACUUGGCUUUCAAAAAAUCCGAUUUGUCCAGUUUGUAGAACUAAACUGGAGCCGGAGUUCUUCAAUCCACCUGAAAGUAACCCAUGUUGAAGAUAUUCCUAAUUACAAUUAUUUCAAACUUUAUUUUUAUUAAUGUUCGAUAGAUUAUAGGAGUAGUUUGAUAUGAUUGGUGUUGAAUUUUUUUUUUCUUCGUUUAAUUCUGAAUCUGGGGUGGUGGAUGUUGUUAUGAGAAAUAGCUUAAUUUUGAAUCAAGUACAGUUCCUAGAAUUUCGAUUUCUUUUUUCAUUUCAGAAUUGUCACCAUUGUUGAAGUUUCUGGAGAUUGCUGCAUUUGGUCGAACCAGAAAUUUUAUCAACUGAUUCAAAUACUUCAAAAAUGUCUAAAA